AUGCCAGCACCUGGCUCACUGGGGCACCUGGAGCCAGUCACAUGCGGUGCACCCCAGCGCCAGGCACUUUCUGAGGCUGUGCUGUCUUCCUUUUCAGACAAACAGAACUACCUUCUCCGAGAUGGGGAGGCUGAAGUGCUUUUCUCCUUCAGUUGGGAGGAGUCCUUGAGGAGGGCCCACGUUUCUCCGCUUUUCAAGGCGAAAUACUUUUACAUCACUCCUGGGAUCUGCCCAAGUCUGUCAACCAUGAAAGCAAUUAUGGAAUGUGCAAGAGGCAAAGUGUUGUCUAAACAGCCAUCUUUCCAGAAAUUCAUGGAAUAUAAGCAGGAUAAGGUGCACAGAAGUGAAACACUGUUGAAUGCAUCAAUGCCAUAUGCUCACAAUGCAGAGUUUGUUCUCACUGGAGUGCUCACUCAGACACUGGACUACGAGUCAUAUAAAUUUAACUGACACACCUGCACUGGUGCCAGGAGCCUCAUAGGCCUGCCCUCGGCCCUGUUCCUUCAGAUGUCCUUGUUCAGCUCCUUUCUUUGGGACAAGCGUUUUUAAGCAGGAAGACAAAUAUAUUAAAUAGGUUGUAUCUUAUUAAGGUGUGUAAUUUUAUUCUGAGGAAACAUAAAUUAUGUUUUAUAUUAUAUGACUUUUAAGAGCCCAUAUUAGGUUUUAUGAUUCAUUUUCCAGGUUUUUAAAUGUUUUCACAACACUGUUAAUGGAACUUUAGCUGCAAAUAAAAUGAUGCAAAUAAACACCUUGCUAUCUCUAAAUUAUGGAUGUUAAAGGUUUGAAAAUUUUGUAGUUUUAUUU